UCCUCUUCCUGCCUCUCUCUCUCCUUAUAUUUCUCUCUCUCCUUAUAUAUAUAUUUUUCUCUCUCUCUCUCUCUCUCUCUCUCUCUCUCUCUCUCUCUCACAUACAGAAUGUUAGCCCACUAUCUAACCACAGAGAGUGCUCAGUGAGUCGUGGAAAGCAUAUUGUUUCUCCACGUCUCUCUCCCUCCCUCUUUCACUUUUACACAUCUCGUCUUUGGAUAUCCUCCUCCUGCUUUGUGACUUAACAGAGAGUGGAACAAGCUUUCUUUCCUAUUCUCAGAUUUGUUUAAAUACUGAUCUCUUCUGGGGAUUACCACAGGAAUGCGUUUGUGUAUUUGUGGGUGAGUGUGUGUGUCCUGUGCCAUGCCCGUCCCUGGACUUUUCGGGACAAGCAGUAGUGAAUCAGCAUGAAGGGGGGUCACCAUCAGCGGGGAUGCGGAUGUCAACACCUGUUCCGAAAAGUGCUGGCCAUGUGUGGCUGCUGCUAUGCCCGCGUCCGAGAGUCAUACUCGGUGGCGGGCAGUGAGGGCAGCAUUACCCCAUCCGUAGGCUCCCUAGCCCCCCAGGCCUCGGGCAGCUCCAGACCCUGCUCUUCCUCCUCCCCAGGGGGAUCACGGCACUCUGUCAGUGCCCUGAAGAAAUGGCUCACCAUGCCCGUCUGCAAGCUGAGUGUGGGAGGAGGGGAUGGGAAGGGAGUCAGGCAGGUCCACAGGCUGGAUGGGAAGCAACCCUCUACCCAUCUACCUCUCGGCCAGGCCCUAGGAAGGCCUCUGGAGCAGGGGGAGAACUACACCAUCCUCCCCUGCACUGAUGGAGACCUGGGGUGGAAUGAUGGUCUGGUGAGUCCAGCAGCGUACUCUCCAGCACCCACCCUCUGCCAUAGCUACCUAUCAGACCUGCUGCAGAACAGGGACACACAUAGCCUGAACCAUCAAUCUUCCACCAUUCUCUUGGAAGAAGAAGAUGGCUCCUCCCUGAUUGAUGACUCAACCAGCCAAUGGUCAGCCACAAUGGACAGUGAAGAGGACAGGAGGAGUGCCUUAGAGAAGAGCAUAUAUGUGCUGACAGAGCUGAUAGAGACAGAGAAGAUGUAUGUUGACGACCUGGGAUUCAUAGUGGAGGGCUACAUGGCCAGCAUGGCCAGUCAGGGGAUCCCAGAAGACAUGAAGGGCAAAGACAAGAUAGUGUUCGGGAACAUUCACCAGAUCUAUGACUGGCAUAAAGACUAUCUUCUGGGGGAGCUGGAGAAGUGUGUGGCUGAGCCCAACAGACUGGCCCAACUCUUCAUCAAGCAUGAGCGGCGUCUCCACAUGUACGUAGUGUACUGUCAGAACAAGCCCAAGUCAGAGCACAUUGUCUCAGAGUAUAUCGAGACCUAUUUUGAGGAGCUGAGGCAGCAGCUGGGCCACAGACUACAACUCAACGACCUGCUUAUCAAACCAGUACAGAGGAUCAUGAAAUACCAACUACUGCUCAAGGACUUCCUGAAGUACUACACCAAAGCAGGAAGGGAUACCUCAGAGCUGGAGAGAGCGGUGGAGGUGAUGUGUUUCGUGCCCAAGCGAUGUAAUGAUAUGAUGAACGUGGGCAGACUGCAGGGCUUUGAGGGGAAGAUCACAGCCCAGGGGAAACUGCUCCAGCAGGACACCUUUACAGUUAGUGAGCAGGACAGCAGCUUCCUGUCCCGUGCCAAAGAGAGGCGGGUCUUCCUGUUUGAACAGCUGGUCAUUAUCAGUGAACCAAUCGAUAGGAAGAAGGGCUUCUCUCUGCCAGGGUACACCUUUAAAAACAGCAUCAAGCUCAGCUGUCUGGGUGUGGAGGACCACUGUGAGGAGGACCCAUGUCGUCUGGUCCUGACGUCCCGCGGGUCUGAUGGGAGCGUGGCACGCUUCGUUCUACAGGCCUCAUCCCAGGAGACUCGGAGGGCCUGGGUCAAUGACGUUGUCCAGAUCCUGGAGACCCAGAGGAACUUCCUCAACGCUCUCCAGUCUCCCAUAGAGUACCAGCGCCGGGAGAGUAAGUCCAACAGCCUGAGAGGAGCCAUGAAUGCUCCCGUUGCACCGACCUCUGGCCUUCGACCCCACUCCUCUGCCUCCAUUGACCGCCACCGGUUACCCAACCUGCGUUCUUACAAUACCUCCCUGCCCUCCCUCCACCUGCCCAGCCAGCCCCCUGCAGACACACAGUCCCCGCUGUAUCUUAGCCCUGCGACAUCCCAUCCCUCCCAUCUCCCUCUGACCAGCCCUCAACAGCUCAGCAAUGGCCUGCGCCCCCCUGCCCAGCACAGCUUGCAGGGGGGUACUGACAGAUACCAUGGACCCAUGCCGGGGGGGGGAGGAGAUUAUGCACCAAAUCACUCUGGCAACCAUGAUCAGCUGACAGAUCUCUCUCUGCAUGAGCAUGAGUGCUGAUGAUGUGUGAUGACCUUUGGCCUCACAUACUGAAUGAGGGGGUGUAUGGUGAAGCUGCCCCUAGAUGCUGAUACAGUAUUAGUUUAGUUUUGCAUUAUCCCCAGUAAUGGCUAAGGUUCGGUUUGGGCGAUGGGAAAGCUGAUCCUAGAUCUGUGCCUAGAGGAGACUUCACCCUGGAGUUAAUGAGGGGCAGGCUGAGAGACCCCUGGCUUGCCUGGCUCUAUUCCACAGAGGACAGGCAGGGGGCCUGGGGCGGGAUCACUCCUUGUGAUUACCCUAAUAUUGCUAUAUUACUAUUACUAUGGUAUCUCUAGCUUGUAAUAAGGAUUAUUUUGUGUGUAUUUCUGUCAUUAUAUUAUAUUUUCUACUAUUUUGAAACCUCUACUUACUAUUGUGAUGUCAGAAGUGAAGCAGAAUUGCAGCCCUCUAUGGUGUUUCUGUGAGAGAAAUGGAAAGGUAACCAGUGGUCUCUGAUGUUGACAGUGUGUUUGUGUGCGCAUGUUGGUAUGUAUGUCUGACUGGUACAUUGCAUCUGUGAUACAUGAUUGAACUUCAUGUGGUGACAUUUUUAACACAAUUUGGUUUCAUAAAGAAAUGAUAGACAUUUGGGACCGCUUCUUAUGUCGCCAACUCUUUACUGUUGCUUUAAUCUUAAACAGGCGAACCAUAUUACCAUUACGCUACUGCUACGUGUGACAGCUUCUAUCACUUUGUACAAGAAGGGAAGCAAAGACCAGUGGGCGAUAAUGGCAUGUCUAUUCUCUGUCUCUCUUUUUAUAUAGCUUACCAGUACGCUCCUAUCCUGAAUUCAUCCUCAUCACUAUGUCAUGAAGCAGCCUUUGGGUCAAGAGUGUUGACAUACAGCAAUGACAUUGUGGUCCUUGUACAGUUUUGAAAUUGAUUGUGGGACGGAAUCUGUCUAGGAGUUGAGCAGCUGCAGUCAUGAUUGUCUACUCUAUGCAUACCGAGCAGCACAGUAAUAAUUGUCUACUCUAUGCAUACCGAGCAGCACAGUAAUGAUUGUCUACUCUAUGCAUACCGAGCAGCACAGUAAUGAUUGUCUACUCUAUGCAUACCGAGCAGCACAGUAAUAAUUGUCUACUCUAUGCAUACCGAGCAGCACAGUAAUAAUUGUCUACUC